GCGAAGCGAGCGCGUGUCGCUACAAAGUUUCAUCCACAAACUUGUGUUUGUUUGAAUGUGUUUCGUGAUUUUGUUCACACACUUUAUGUGCUUGUGUUUGAGUUAUGUGUGUAUAAACUCUUUGGUUAUCCGAUUCCUCACUUCGUCAUAAAUAAGAUCACGCAGUGGCUGAAUCGAGUAAGAUCAAAGACGAGGAGUUGCAUCUUUUCGCGAUACUCUACCAUCACGUUUAAGCUUCUAUAAGAUGUGACAACCCACCAUGGCAGCCACUGAUGGCCAGAUCGUGGUAGCAGCAGCCCGGUGGUCCGAUGAAGGCCACUACCUCAGAGAGUUUGCGGUGAAGAAUCGUCUGCCAAAUGUCGCAAAGAUCAUUAAGGGGCAAUAUGGUGGGCUUGGAGUUCCAACGCUCCCGAGCCCAGGAUUGCAGAGUACAGUUCUACUUAUUUCUGCUGGAAAGCGAAAGAAGAUCAUUGCCCAAGCCAUAAAAUUGAAAGAAGGAAGACGUAUGGUCAGUGUAGGGCCAAGAAUCGCUAUACCCGAUUCAUACAAAGGCUAUUUUGAACUACUAAGCGAAGAAGGUAGAGCUGUGAGAUGUAUAGAAACGGUUAAUGAAUUGUCAAGGAGGAAACUUGAAGAUGGUUGCUUAGUCAGAGAACCAUUUAGAGUGAUAAGUGCUAAAAUUGAUUUAGAUGGUAAUAUAACAGCAGAUGGAACGAGAACCUUACCUGCUGGUGAAAUAAUCAUGCCAAGAGGUGAAACUUUUUUAGGUAAAAAUAAGUAUUUAAAGUGCACUGAUUCAAAAGGAGAUUUAGUUUUGUUAAGCUUAGAUCAAAGAGGCAAAUUCUCGGCUGUGGCAAAAGAAGAUAAUAUAAGUGGUGUUCAUACUGCGAAAACCUUACUAACUAAACGAUUACCUAUAACUGUAAGACUUGUACAUGGAACUCCACCAAGAGGACUCAAGAGCUCCAGUCAUUUUGUGCCCGAGCUAAGGCUUCUGUCUCUCUUUGAAGAAGACCAUGUGUUUGCAUUACCAUUGCAAAAAGAAGGAAACGCUUUAGUAGCAUUACCUCUGGCCGCUCCUCUUAAAAUGCUAAGAUGCAAAAAUGAAGAGCAGAUCAAAAACUUUAUGGAAUUCUCUAGACUAAUAGAGAAAUGUAAUCGACUUUUAGUGGAUGUUGUUGAUAGGAUCCACGUUUUAGAUGGAAAACUUGGUGAUCCUAAGAGAUUAUUAAGUGCGCCACUGCACGCUCCUCCUCUUAUUAAAACUGGUUAUUUCCUACGCAGAAGCGCUUCAUCUGAUACAGCAAAUCAUAAUAAAAAUUUGAAUCGCCAUAGUCAUAUUUACAGUAGUCACCGCGAUGAAGCCUCCAUUCCCGACGAAUACGAUGAAAUUGACCAAAUAUACGAUUAUGUUCGUGGUUUUGCUCCACUUCCCAAAAGCAUUAAAGCAUCGUACUGUAAUGAUAUUCCAAGGCACGAAUCUGCACCAUCAUCACCAGCCGCUACACCAAUUCAUAUGCCAUUAAUAAAGGAAAUCAAGCCAGAACCUCCUCCUAUUGAAACCAUUCCUACAAAGAAAGCCAUUAACAAAGAAAUAAACCAAAAAGCCGAAAAAAGGACUCGCAAGAGUACAGCGUCUAAAGAACCCCCGAUAACCAUUUACAAGGAAAAAUGUUCUGUAGCACCUGCGGCUAAUCUGCCUAAAUUGUAUAUUAAAAAUAACGCUAACAAUAAUAAGAGUAGAAUGCUUUUUAGCCAGAAAAGUACAUCUCCAACUAAAGAAACACCUAGUCCAGUAGCUAGUCCAGUUCGACCUUUAACUAAGGGUGAUUCUCCUCUCUUCAAUAUCAGAUACAAAAGUCUUUCAAAUAUUCAUCAAGCCAUGGAAUUAGAUGGGACCUUGGAUUCAAGUCAUUCUGGUGGUAGAACGUCUGGUGAUUCUGGAAAUGGUCCCAAAGUACCAGAGAAAAGAUCUAGGAGACUAACCAGACCUAAGUCGUUGACUAAUUUGGUAUGGGAACUCAAGGGUUGUCCUGUGGAAGCUAAUGAAAAACCAAAAUCUAGACUUAAAAAUGAAAACUAUAAGAAGAUAGGAAACAAAUUGUCACUGGGGUCUCAGAAGAGAGCUCCAACGUUGUAUCUUUAAUUUCUGGUCCAUGCUGUCGGGCUGCGAGAGCGGGACAACAGAAGUCGGAUCCUGAACGAGUCAACUUCGAAUUGUAUUCUAAUGUAGAAUUUAAUUUGAUCUCUUAUAUUAAUUUUAUUUAUAUGCCAUAUUAAUGUUCGGUGUUAGUAUAGAGCAUAAAGGACAAGUGUACUUCGCGCACCAUUCUUUCCGGCAGGCUGUGUUUAUUAAAGUAAAACAUGCAGGAUAAAGGAUGAAUUAAGGAAGUCAAACACGCUAGGCCGAAAAUACGCAACCGAACUUCCGAGGCCGAUUUUACGUUCCGACACAUUCGGCCGAUAUGACACACGAUAACAGCCGGAAUUUGUCCGAGUUUUCAGUGUAUCGACCGCCGCUGAAUUGACGUCGAAUCGCUGCCAAACUUACGCCCGACCGAAGUUCGGCUGUACGCUAUAACGCGACGUAAUUUCGGCAUGGUGUGUCAUCAGUAAUUUAAAAUACAUUGCAGGCGUAAUCAUGCCGAAUUUCGGGCUCGUAUUUUCGGCCUCGUGUGUUUAGACACUUAGGGCCGAUUUAUAUGCGUCCGCAGGACAUAGCGGUUUUCCCGCUACUUUUUCAUUGAUGCAAAAUACAAGAGAGCUAACAAUUAACAUGAUAUUCGACAAGUAACAUUAAUAAACGAUGAAAAUUUUUGUUUGAGCGCGUCAAAUAUGCAUAUUAUGCAUUGACGUGUGAUAUUCUGUACCUAAAGCCCCCAGUACACAAUGGCCCACGAUGGCCCACUGCAGGUUUUCGUGAACUAAAAAUAGGUAUAAUAAAUAAUCGUGAUUUAAAAAUAAAAAGCGACUACGAUAAUUUGGUGUUAAACACAAUGGCGCAUGCGGCAUAACUUACUAUUGCCUGGCAAUCCACUGGCCAUCGUCCGUCAUCAUACGCCAUUACCCCGUCUACACUAUGGCGAUGGCUUGUAGGGGGCCAGCAUGGACAAUAGUGAAGAGGCACCUUUAGAAUUCGUAGUUUUGAUUUUAUCACGAUCACAAAAAUUCUGGCUCUCUUUUUAUAGAAUAAAAAUUGUAAGAUUACGUGUAUAUCAUGUUUAUACAUAUUAAAAACUUACGCAAGCUUGUGGUUCACACUCUGUCUAUAAUUUCUAUUUAGUCUGAGACUGAUAAGCGUUUAUCACACAGCGUAGCAACUUUUUUAUACUGUGUGAUGUGCCUUAUAUGAUUAUUUGUUUUUCCAUAACAGCUAAAAACUAUAGUUUCGGUUAAUUCGCAUACAAUGCGUAUAAUAUCACCUUAGGCUACAUUUUUACUAACAAGUAAGUAGUAAGGUAUUUUCAAUAUUAUUAAGUAAUAUUAUGAAGAAAUGACAUUAUGUAAAAGGAACCAAUAAAUUUUAUCUUUAGUUUCUGAUUGUAAACCAAAAAUAGAGGUGCCUUACUAAGUAGAGAGUAGUUUCGAUCGCCACUGUCAAUUUUAGGUCUAUAGGCUUAGGAAAAACCAGUCACAAUUUAAGUAAUAUAGAGUAAGCUAACAAGUUUGAUAUGCAUUUAUUUUAGAUAUUAGACUGUUAAUGCAAGUUUUAGAUUAAUAAUAAUUAUAAUCUAAUUAAGACGCUCCCCCUGCGGA